AUGACGACCCCGUUUCUCCUUCAAGAACAUGUCACCACAACCGCCACCACACUAAUAGUAGAACAAAAGUACUGGUCUUGGUUCAAGAACACCGGGCGAGGAUUUACAAUCAGCAAACAACAAGAAGAAGGAGCAGAACAGACCUCUACACUUCUUUUCACCGCCGAAACACGCAUCGCAGGGAAAUACCGCACAAUCUCAGACUACAACGGCACCCUCCUCUUCCAUCUUCAGCGCAACAAACUCCGCAAAAGCGAAGGCUGGGUCCUGACUGAUCCGGCUGAGAAAGUGCUGCUCAAGCUACGGUAUAGCUGGGCUCGACCGCACAUUUCGGACGUGACUUUCGGUCCGGACAAGGCCGAGCCAGAACUCACUAUCGUUGCCAAAGACUUUUGGUGGGCGAAUUUGGACAUCGUGCGGGUAACUGACAAGGUUGUUGUGGGUACGGUGAGAUGUACGAAUAUGUCGGCCGGGUUUCUGAGUCAAUUCAAAGUCACGCCGCCAAUUUGGGAGGUCAAAGUCACGGAGGGAACGGAUUUGGCUUUGCUCCUCACGAACAUCGUCCCUCUCGCCCUUCCACGUAGCCGACCACCUGAGCAGCGCCGGAUUACCUCCUUUCAACCAGUACUCCGCGAACGCCUCCGCGCUCUCAAAGUGCAUGACAAUCUUCCUCUCCUAACUCCUCACAUCUACGAAGCCUGCUUUCUUCAAGCCCUGCUCCAAGUCCUCGCAGCUUCCCCACGCGACAGCAAAAGCGACAUCGUUGGGUUCGAACGUCGAGUCGAGGUUGGAGCACACUUUGUUCCAGGGUUCGGCGAUUUAGCUUUGGACCAGAUUGUGGAGCCGAAUACUCCGUCUAAAGCAAGGAGGCGGUGCAUUUCAUUGACGGUGUGUUGA